UUGGAAGGCUAUGAACGUUUCCACAGGGAAAGUUGGCUUGGAAGGACAAAGACCAACCCUUCUUCUAAGUCAGCAGCUCCAAAACCAGAUAGAUAGUGGACUCUGCUUUUUCCUGCUCUUCUCUGGUAAUAAUAUCAUCUGAUUCUGAUCAUCAAACCCCUGAUCGAUCCAUAUAUUCCUUUGAUAAUUUCGAUUCAAAGGGUUUUAUUGGGAUACUGUUUGGGUGAAUAAUAGCUUUGCUCUUCCAUUCUCUACUGCGGAUAAGUUCAUUAUAAGUUGUGCUCAUGAUGAGCGUAUGAAAGAGACAACACAGACAGAGCAGGAAAGCCCUGUGCGUGUUUUCUUCUUCCGGCAAUACACAAACGCAACAGAGACGUGAGAAAUGGCUCUCGAAUGUGUUCUUUCCAUCGGAGAAAACCUAACUGACCCGAUUCGUUGUCAGUUUGGUUAUCUGAUUCAUUAUAAAAGAAACCUUGAAAGUCUAGGGGGUGAAGUCAAUAUGCUGGAAGAGAGAAGAGGCGCAGUACAACUAUUGGUUGAUAAUGCCAAAAAAAAAGGACAACUUAUUGGACCUGAUGUUGAGGGAUGGAUGUCAAGAGUAGAUGGACUGAGUAGUGAGGCCAACUGCAUUCUCGAACAGGAUGAAGCAGCUGAAGUGAAGAAAAAACGUUGUUUGAAUGGGUGGUGGUGGUGUCCAACCCUCAAGUCGCGCUACUCACUUAGUCGGAAAGCAAAAAAGAAGGUAGUGGAGGUGGCUAAGCUGCGAGAAGAUGGAAACUUUACCCAAGUAUCGUACCUUGUGCCUCCACCCGGGAUACAAUCCAGACCCACUGAUGGUAUUAAAGGUUGCAAAUCUAGGAGUUCAAUCCUGAAGAAAGUCAUGGAGGCGCUCAAGGAAGAUGGCGUUAGUAAUAUGGUUGGCGUAUGUGGGAUGGGAGGAGUUGGUAAGACGACACUAGUGGAAGAAGUUGCCAAGAAAGCAAAGGAAGAAAUAUUGUUUGAUGACGUGGUGAUGGCAGUAGUGUCCCGGAACCCUGAGGUUAGGAAGAUUCAAGGUGAAAUUGCGGAUCUAUUGGGUUUUCAAUUUGAGCAGGAGACUGAAUCUGGAAGAGCGGAUAAUCUUCGUGACCAGAUAAAGCGUAGGAAGACGAUUCUCGUCAUAUUGGAUGAUGUUUGGAAGAGACUUGAGCUGAAACACGUUGGCAUUCCAUUCGGAGAUGCCCAUAAAGGUUGCAAAAUUUUGGUGACUUCAAGAAGUGAAGAGGUUUGCAACGAUAUGGGAGCUCAAAAAAAAUUCAAAGUUCAAUUCUUACCUAAAGAAGAAGCAUGGUCUCUCUUUUGCGAGAUGGCUGGAAUUUCUGAAGAACAGACUAAUUUCCAGCCCAUGAAGAUGGCAGUUGCGAAUGAAUGCAGAGGCCUACCGAUUGCUAUUGUUACAGUUGGAAGGGCACUCAAAGGAAAAGAUGAGCCUUCCUGGCGUUCUGCUCUUGCGCAAUUAUGCAAGUCCAACGGCAAAAACAUCAGGGGAGUAGAGGAAAAUGUGUUUAGACCUCUUGAGUGGAGUUACAAUUACUUGGAAAGUGAGGAAGCCAAGGGAUGCUUUUUGCUCUGUUCCUUAUUUCCAGAAGGUUCUGACAUUCCAAAAGAAGAUAUUGUUAGGUACGGGAUUGGACUAGAGCUGUUUAGGAGCAUUGAUAGCGUGGGAGAAGCAAGAGACAGAGUACAUGUCCAUAUCGAUCAUUUGAAAAAAUGCUUUUUAUUGAUGGAUGGAGAAAAUGAUGGAUGUGUUAAAAUGCAUGAUGUGAUACGAGAUGUCGCUUCCAGGGAGGAGCAUUCGUUUAUGGUCAAAACACUUAAAGAAUGGCCAGAGAAUGAAAGGCGCGGAAAUUAUGCCAUAAUUUCCAUGAUAUGCUCUGGUAUGCGUGAGGGGCUACCUCAUAAUUUAGAGUUUCCGAAACUUCAGCUUUUAAGGCUGGAGUCCGACUGGGCCAUUGAAUCCCCUGAGAGUUUGUCCGACCCGGCCAUUGAAUCCCCUGAGAGUUUGUACCAAGGGAUGAAGGAACUCAAAGUGGUACAUAUGUCAAGCAUGUAUGUCCAACCACUGCCGAGAUCAAUCCAAUGCUUAACCAACCUUCAAACCCUAUCACUGCAUCAUUGCUACCUAGCUGAUAAAGAUUUGCUGGCAAUUGAAGCACUAAAGAAUCUGGAAAUUUUGAGCUUUACUGGAUCUACUAUCGAGGAGUUGCCAAGAGAAAUUGGCAACCUUAAUCGCUUGAAGCUACUAGAUUUUUUGAACUGCGAUGUGACAAGGAUUCCUCAUGGGGUUUUGUCAAGUUUAUUGAAGCUAGAAGAGUUGUAUCUUGGGGUGAGCUUUGCGGGGUGGGAUGUUGUUGUAGAGGGAAAAGAUAUUAUACUAAGUAAUGCGUGCAUUGCUGAGCUAGCAUCCCUGCCUAAUUUGGUGGCUUUGGAUAUUUAUGUACCAAACAUUGAGUGCUGGGUCUGGCCUAGAGAUGUGGUUUUUCUUGGGAACAUAAGAGCAUUCCACAUUUGUUUUGGGAAAUCAAGCAGAUAUAUUGAUGAAUGUUUGUAUCCAUCAACCAAUCGACUGACACUAAAAUGUAUUGACAUCAGUCAUGGUGUUAUGGAGAUACGUGGACUUAAGAUGCUAUUCAAGAUCACUAGAAUUCUGUGCUUUAAUUCAGUAACGUGGGUGAAGCACAACAUCUGUGAUUUGGACCAUGAUGGUCUAAAAAACUUGUCAGAGCUGCAAGUGGUUCGUUGUUUAGAUUUGGAGUCCCUCAUCAACACAAUCGAUGGCCCGCUAGCAAAGGAGGCUUUCUGUGCGCUGAAAACUCUUCACCUUUCUAUCUUGCCUGAACUGAUGCAUUUGUGGAAGGGUCCCACUCAACUUGCAUGCCUCCGCAAUCUGACAGAUGUAACAGUGUAUAGAUGUCCGAAAUUGGGAUACUGUGUGUUCUCACUUGCCAUAGCUAGAAAUCUAAUGCAAUUGCAGAAUAUUACGAUACAAGACUGUGAUCAAUUGGAGGUGAUUGUUUCUAAUAUUGGUGGAGGAGAGCAUGAGCUAGCAUCAGCAGCAGCAGAAGAAGAUGAAGAUGAAAUUCAGUUUCCGAAACUGACAUCGUUGAAGCUUCAUUAUCUGCCAAAUUUUACUGGUUUUUGCAAACCCAUGAAUGCAGUUAAGUUGCCGCAAUUGAAACACUUGGAACUGGAAGAUAUUCCAAAGAUCAAUUUUCUAUGGCCUACUUCACAGACUAAUUAUGGAAUCACCAUUAGACCACUCUUCAACGACAAGGAUACAUUGAGUAGCAUUGAGACAUUGAACAUCUUUAAUAUGGAUAAUCUCAUAGAAAUAUGGCCUGGGGAUCUUCAAGCAUUAAAACUAAGGGAUAUAGAGGUUCACUACUGUCACAAGUUGUUGACUAUUCUUUUUCCAUCCAAUUUGAUCGAAUGUAUGCAAAAUCUAGAACGACUUCAAGUGCACACUUGCGACUCAGUGGAAGUAGCAUUUGACCUUUGCGGAUAUCUAAAUGUUGGCGGAAAAGGCAAAGGACCUAUAGCUGUAGCACUCCCUUGCUUAGCUCAUCUGGUACUCGAGAAUCUACAAAACUUGACGCAUGUUUGGGCAAAUGGUUCACGGACAAUUCAAGGCUUUCAGAAUUUAAGAUUCCUGACUGUGGAUGGUUGCAGCAGUUUGAGAAUUCUGUUAUCACCUUUUGUAGCCAAACUUCUUGUGAACCUAAAAAAAUUACAAAUACGGAUAUGUAAGGUGAUGGAAGCGAUCGUUGGUUGGGAACAAGAAGCAGAUGAUGAAGUGACACCAAAUACAAUCUUCAUAUUCCCUCAGCUAACUUACCUAGAGCUCGUGAAUCUGCCACUCCUUGCGAAUUUCUGUCCCCAGACUUGCACUUUCCAAGGAUCCUAUUUGGAAAAAGCUUGUAUUAGCGAUUGUCCUGCAAUGGAGUCACUCCCUUCAGCAGUCCAAAGCGUGAUUGACGAGCAACAGUUCUGCAAUGGAGUCACUUCCUUCAGCAGUCCAAAGCGUGAUUGACGAGCAACGGUAAGUUUAAAAAUCGCGUAGAUUUUCAACAUUACCCAACAUGUAUCUUGUUUAAGGUGUAAUAGUAAUAUAUGCAUUCUAAUCCAGUCGAUCACCAUUAAUUCAUUCUAUCUCUAUGUUUCAGUAUGCAGAUAUUCUAAAUCUCUUGAAUCUUCGAAAUCUACUCCCUUUGGCCAUUAUUGUUUGGUCUUUUUU